CCCUCGUUAAUUAAAUCGCGACUACCACGUACUUUACGAGUAUCUCCAUGGCCAAUUACUUACAGGCAAAGUCAACAAUUGCAAGAUAGAGCUCUACGAGCAUGUGAGUUGCAUAUAGCUCUAUUUGGCCAAAUUAGACAAUUGCAUCACUCCAAAUCUGUUCUAGACGGCUCAGCACGGCCAACAUGCCUGCAGAUAUACGGAACUUUUUUGGUGGUAAGGGAGCCGUCCCAGCCCCAAAGAAGGAGAAGGCUGAAGCUCCCAGUUCACGACGGAAGCAAACCCGUAAAAUUAUAGACGAAAGCGAUGGAGACGAAAAUGAAGUAAAGAAGAUUGCCACUCCAAAGAAAGCUGUGCCAAAAAAGCCCUCGGAUAAGACCUCAUCGAAAGGCGAAGAGACCACCACUAGUGAUUAUUUCGCGUCGUCGCGUGGAUCGAAGAAGAUCGCAAAAAGCACACCAGAUCCAAUGAAACUGACGGCAUUAUCUCCACGCCCAAAGACAAAGUUAUCAACUACAAACUUCGAGGAGCAAAAACCGCUAAAGGGCAAGCCGCAAGGAAAGGUCUACAAGAACGCGGACGACGACGACAGAGGGGCAUACGUGGAUAUUGACGACCCCGAUGCAGGAGAUGAUAUUUUCGCUGCAGCAGUGAAUACUGGUGGGAGGCGGAAAGAGGAAGAUGAUUACAUGGAGAUUGAUGGCGACUCCGAGGAUGAUGUGGUUGUUACCAAGGCGUCCAAGAACAGCAAGCCUGCACCAAGAAGUAGGAAGCGGAAGUCAGCAUCGCUAGACCCGGAUGACUCUGACGAGUUCGACGCACCUAAGAAAGGAUCGAAAAUUAAUGAUGAGAAGAAGCCACCUGCAAAAAAACCUCGGGCUGCACCAAAGAAAGAAGUUAUUCCCGAGAGCGCGGAGAUGCAAGCAGUACUUGACAGUAUUCCAACCGUGGAAGCUCCACCUCCCCCAUCGAAAAGUGCAGAUGGCGAGAAAUUCAAUUGGAGGAAGGCCGCCGCUGGCGGAGGUAAUGCGGGCCCACCUCCAGGAGCUGGCUCAAAGGAGUUGCCGGUGGGAGCGGAUAAUUGUCUGGCUGGACUGACUUUCGUUUUCACUGGCCUUCUCGAGACAAUUUCUCGCGAAGAGGGACAGGAGCUAGUCAAAAAAUAUGGUGGAAAGGUCACUGGAGCACCCAGUGGAAAAACGAGCUAUGUUGUUCUUGGGUCGGAUGCUGGCCCAAGUAAACUGGAGAAGAUUGCAAACCUUAAAAUAAAGACAAUCAAUGAAGAUGGGCUCUUCGCUCUGGUUCGUGCCACCUCAGAGCACUUGACGCAAACUGGAGGCACAACACGAGCAGCUGAAAAGGCACUGGAAAAACAGAAAGAAGCCGAAAAGAAGAUGAAAAUUGAAGCAGAAGAAGAGGAGAGGCAGGAACGUAUAAGAGCAGCUGAAGCUGAAAAGGCUGCACGCAAAGCUGCUGAAUCGCGGGGACUUGCUCCACCUGCGAAUAAAAAUCUUGCAAACUCUCAGUUAUGGACUGUUAAAUACGCGCCUUCUAAGAUGAAUCAAAUAUGCGGCAACAAAGGCCAGGUCGAUAAAAUCCAGACUUGGUUACAAGGCUGGCCUAAAGCUCACAAACUUGGUUUUCAAUUGCCCGGCAAAGACGGCCUUGGUAUAUAUAGGUCAAUUGUUAUCUACGGCCCUCCCGGAAUUGGAAAAACUACAGCCGCUCACCUUGCAUCCAAACUCGAGGGAUACGACGUUAUAGAGAGCAACGCCAGCGAUACAAGGAGCAAGAAGCUCGUAGAGUCCGGUUUGCAGGAUGUACUCAAUAACAACUCCUUGCUGGGCUUCUUUGCAGGACAUGAUGCGCCGGUGGACUCUAAAAAGAAGAAAAUCGUGCUUAUCAUGGACGAGGUAGAUGGAAUGUCUGCCGGUGACCGUGGUGGAGUAGGCGCACUUGCUAAGAUAUGCAAGAAGACCGACAUUCCCAUCAUUCUCAUAUGCAAUGAGUUCAGAAUACCGAAGAUGAAUCCAUUCCGUCACGUAGUGGCCGAAGUCCCGUUCAGACGGCCUACGGUCGACCAGGUCCGGUCUCGUGUCGCGACCAUCUGCCACAGAGAAGGGCUGAAACUGUCCAGGGAGGCUAUGGACGCACUGAUCGAGGGAAGUAAUAAGGACAUAAGACAAGUCGUUAAUAUGCUAUCCAGCGCCAAACUAGACCAGGCCGCCAUGGAUUUCGAUCAAACCAAAUCUAUGUCGAAGCAAUGGGAGAAGCACAUCGUUUUAAAACCCUGGGACAUCUGUCACAAGUUAUUGGGGAGUGGUAUGUUUGCACCUUCAAGCAAAUCUACUCUCAACGACAAAAUAGAACUCUACUUCAACGACCAUGAGUUUAGCUACUUGAUGAUCCAGGAAAACUAUCUGAGAACGAGGCCUCUAAUGCCCCCAAACCAAAACUUGUCGCCGAGAGAACAGAGAUUGAAAACUCUAGAACUAGCAGACAAGGCAGCUGAAAGUAUUAGUGAUGGUGACCUUGUUGAUCGAAUGAUCCACGGCUCUCAGCAACAGUGGAGCUUGAUGCCUGUACAUGCCGUGUUCAGUUCAGUUCGACCUGCGAGCUUUAUGUCAGGCGCCGUAACCGGGGAAAUGCCGUUCACAACCUGGCUUGGGAACAAUAGCAAGCAUGGCAAACUCAGCCGUUUUGUUAAGGAAAUCCAGUCCCACAUGCGCCUUCGGACUUCAGGAGACAGGCAUGAGAUUCGGCAACAAUACCUGCCCACGCUCUGGACUCAGCUUAUCAAACGGCUAGAGACAGAGGGCAAAGAUUCGGUUGACGACGUUAUCGAUUUGAUGGACAGCUAUUUCCUAACACGAGACGAUUUUGAUGCUAUUAUGGAACUCGGGGUUGGACCUCAACGACAGGAAUUGGUAACGUUGGAGACUCAGACAAAGUCAACGUUUACUAGACUAUACAAUAGCCGCACGCACCCAAUGCCUUUCAUGAAAGCUAGUAAUGUGGUUGCUCCUGCUAAGGCCACCAAGGAGAUGCCGGACCUAGAAGAGGCCAUCGAGGAGAGCGACAGUGGCGAAGUUCUAGUUGAGACUCCAGACGACAACGAGGACGAGGACAUGGAUAUUUCGAAAGAUAAAUAUAUCAAGAAACCAAAAGCCAGGAAGGCAGUAGGGAAGAAGCCAGCAGGGAAGAAAUCUAAGAAAAAUGACUGCGCUGACGGGAAUGAAGAUGACUCCCAAGAUGAAGUCAAGCCCAAAAAACCCCGAACCAGCAAGCCCAAAGCCACUGGUGCCAAAACAAAGGCGAGAAAGUAGUGAAGAGGCUGUUAUUUGUGAUGAGCCCGGUGGACUAGUUACUUGUUAUACAAUCAGCGAUAAUACCGCUUUAGGAAUGGAAGUGCCAUCCCCAAAUUCUUCAACGCUACAUAGCACAGCGA